AGGGGAGGUGCGGAUGUUCGUGGCUGGCAGGGCCGGCCUCGCUCACCGCCUCAAUUUCGGAAGGAAGGAUCUUCGAGCAUUAUUGCGCCGGAGUGGCACCGGAUCGCGGGUGGUGGCGUUUCCGGUCAUACGGCAGUCUCUGUCGGUAAGACUGCGGCCUAUCAAGCUCCUAAGUCGAACUCGUCUGUUUCCUUCGUCGUAACUCAGCUCCAGCUUUGGAGCGAGAGAGCGAGCGAGAAAGAAAGGCUCUCGAACUCUGGCGUCCCGUCCGUCGGUCGCAGGCAGGCAGGGAGCAAAGCGGAUCAAGCGAGCAGGAAUAGUUUGUGUCAAUUUGUUCUCUUGUCUUGCUGCGCUCGGCAGUCAGGGAGCAUAUAUUCAUCUUUUCCGGCAGGAGGAGGAGCAAGCGAGCGCGCGGAUUGGUUGAUUGAUCGAUCCAUCGAUCGAUCGAUCUUUUCUUCGGUGGAUCGAUGGGUUGGCACAUUGGUCGGUUGGUUGAUGGAUUGAUGAUGUAAUAUGCGCAAUUCUCAUCAUCGAGUCCGGCGCGUGGUCUGGCUUGGCUGGGCGCAUUCAUUCCGGUCGGGCGGGUCGCCGGGUAUCCAUCACGCGAAGGACUCAUUGGCUGACGGGCUCACGCACUGAGACACUACCUUGUUAUUGUAGCUAGGCUGGAAAACAAGAAGCUCUCAGUCGUCGUCGGUCACUGUUUUGUCAACCUUGAAUUUUAAUUUUUCCCUGGACGGAUUGACUAAUUGGCUUGGCUGGCCGGGCUUCAACCCUGAUAUCAGCUACAAGAAGAAAAAAAUUUCAAAGAGUUGUGCUGGUUUGCGAGCAUUGGACGGGCAUUGCAGCCGGCGUCAUUGUGUAGAGGUCGUCAAGUGCGGAGACGAUCGAUCUGUACUCUUGGGUUAGAGUUUCUGGGCAUCUGGUUCACGGGAUUCGAUUGAGCUUGAACGAAACAUGUGUGGGACGGAGAAUCUUGAUCAAUGAAGAGAUCGAGCUGAAAGAAUCUUGCUUCCGGCGUGCACCUGCAGUUGACUUGAUCGCUGAUCCUGAAGGGAGAGUUUUGACGCUGAGUUUCUACGGUGUAAUAAUCUCUGAAAAUACUGCCACAGCAAGCUGGGACGGGCGUGCUUGCCCAUAUUGCGAGUAUGGCAGGAGCUUCGACGCUUCCCUAUCCUGAUCGCUUCUACGCUGCCGCAGUAUAUGCAGGUUUUGCACAUUCGUCUCCUUUGGCGCUGAAGUCUUCAUCUAUCAAAUUUAAUGAUGACACGGCUCUUCUCCUCUACUCUCUUUAUCAACAGGCCACGGUCGGACCUUGUAAUAUUGCGAAACCUUGGAGUUGGAAUGUUGUUGAGUAUGCGAAAUGGACAAGUUGGAACCAGCUGGCGAAAAUGCCUUCACCAGAGGCGAUGAGGUUGUUUGUGAAGACUUUGGAACAAGAGGAGCCUGAUUGGUACUCAAAGGCACAGGAUGAAAAAAGUGCUUCGAAAGACCAAGAUCCAGAGUGGUGGUCCAAAGCCCAUGAUGAAGAAAUUGCCAAGAGCAGCCAACCUGCAUCAUCCGUCGAAGUUAAGGUCGAACCCAAAGCUGAACCUAGUGUCGAAGAAGCGCGAGAGAAGAAUAUUGAACCUAGCAAGAUGACCUUGCCAGUCGAAACUCCUUUACCUGUUUCUUCCAAUGGAGCGGUACCUAUGAAUGGGCAUGAAAGUAAGGCGGAUGAGGAGCAAAAUGUCCCACAGGAUUUGAUCUCUGGGCAGAGUCGUGAUCAGUGGUUCUCGCCAGAUAUUAAUGGACGCCGUCCAGCCGCUCGUUAUCAGCAUUCUUCCGCUGUUGUUGGGAAUAAGAUGUUCGUCAUCGGAGGUAAUCAUAAUGGAAGAUACCUGAAUGACGUACAGGUACUAGACUUGAGUACGAUGACGUGGUCGAAAGUGGAACAGAAGACUAUGUCUUCUUCUCCAUCAGCCAAUCAAGCGACUUUUCCCCCGUGUGCGGGUCACAGUGUGGUUCAGCUGGAUGGAAAACUUCUCAUGGUUGCAGGUCACUCAAAGGAGCUUUCUGAAAGUGUUACAGUUCGUUCAUUCGAUACAACAUCGCUUCAGUGGUCGAAUCUCGAAUCCUAUGGGCAGGCCCCAGUCGCCAGAGGAGGCCAAUCAGUGACCAAAGUAGGCAACGUCCUAGUGAUGUUUGGAGGAGAAGACUCAAAACGAAGACUGUACAAUGACUUAAAUAUUUUGGACCUAGAGACGAUGACUUGGGACGCCAUCGACGCAGGGGGUACCCCUCCAUCUCCACGUUCUGAUCACGCUGCAACGGUUCAUGAGGAUCGUUAUCUCUUCGUCUUUGGCGGUGGCUCGCACUCUAGCUGUUUCAAUGAUCUUCACGUUCUAGAUCUUGAAUCUAUGGAGUGGUCGAAACCUCAACAACAGGGCUCUAUACCAUCUGCUCGAGCCGGACAUGCUGCAGUUACAAUUGGUGACAGUUGGUAUAUCAUUGGCGGGGGUGACAAUAAAACUGGUAUAUCUGAUACUUUGGUGUUGAAUAUGGCCACCUUGGUGUGGCACGUAGUAGCUACUGAGCAGGGAAGAACACCAAUUGCCAGUGAGGGCUUAAGUGUGGUAUCUACGGUCCUACGCGGUGAAGAGACUUUGAUAUCCUUUGGGGGAUACAAUGGGCGCUACAGUAACGAGGUGCAUAUGUUCAUAGCAAGCCCUGCUGAGAAGGCAAAGCAAAAGGUGCUUCAGUCUCCAGCCGCAGAAGCAGCUGCUGCCUCUGCUGCAGCUGCUUUUGCAGUUCCUCGCUUGACGGUGAAUGGGAGCGUGUCUGCUGAAGCUGCACAAAUGGAGUCACAAGCUCUAUCACCAAAACCUCAAGAACCAGAGCUACCAGCGACGAGUGUCCAGGACAUUGUUCAACAGAAAGAGGUGGACUCGUGGUCAGUGGAAAAGCUGCAAGAGGAGCUGGAAUCAGCAAGAGCUGAGGUGGCAAAGUACAAGCGAGAUCUGGCUUCAACUCUUCUUGAGUAUUCCGACUUAGAGCAGGAGCUUACUGCUGUAAGGGGCCAGCUCGCCGAUGAGCAAUCUAGGUGUUUCAGACUAGAGGUGGAUGUCGCAGAGUUUAAACAAAAACUACAAUCACUGGAUUCUCUACAAAAGGAGGUUGAGCUUCUCCGUCGCCAAAAAGCUGCCGCAGAAGAAGUUGCUGAAAUUGCAUCACAAAAGCCUAAUACUGGGGGAGGAGUAUGGGGUUGGCUUGCCGGUAGUCCGCCCGAUACGAAGCCUGGUAUUAGAGCAUAAUGGUACGGCGGAUAAGUCCAGUCCCAAAAGAUGGGUUCGGAAGAGCAUACUGUCCCGAUAUUUUAGCAUCAACAAAAUUGGUACCACUCUUGACUAAAGAUCUUUGUAGUAGCAGAGUAGCAAGCUUAUGUAUGUGUACGAGAGUUCAGAGUGGUAGACAUGGAGGUGAGAAAAGAGGUACCUACUGAAUUUUUAUCAUCUUAUGUGAUCUAGGACAAAAUAUGUCCCAUCAUUCAAAAUAUUGAGCACCACUCAAUGACAUGACAUGAGACGUAAAACUGUUCAUGAACAAGGCCGUACUCCUUUUCCUCUCAUGGAACUUGUGCUAGUUUAUUCUCUUAUCUUUGGAAUGGCGUGAGUGACUGCGCCAAUUGGACGGGACAUUGUCUCCUAUGUCAUUGACAAUUUCCCCUUCAACUGAAUCCACAAAGUGCUCGAAAUUUCGCCUCCAAGCUGGACAUUGAGGGAAGCAAGCAACUAUCUGCACAACAGCCCAUGCGGUAUGUUGAGACACAAGGAUGGCUUUUGUUCGGAUUUAUCAUUCUAUUUGGAUCUUCUUAAGUUUCUCCCCAUGGAAGCAGCAUAUGGAAGCAGAAAUCCACGACGCUUGAGCGAUUGGUAAAUUCGAAGUAACUGCUAAUUCACCUUCGGUAUCCCGGAUUUCUUGUUCCGGUGUGUAGACUACUUAUGUAAGUGAGUUCUUGUAGCUAUGUAGCGUUUGUUCUCUGUCAAAUGGUCAAGUAAGAAGGAUACAAUCAAUCAAUGAGGAUGUAUUAUAUUUUCGAUAGAAUCCUUGAAAAGCAAAGAUGUUUAUAUUAAGGUGCAUAUACCAAUCCAAUGAGGUGAUUGGAGAAAUUGCAAUUUGUUUAUUUUUAAGUCUUCUUUCAUUCAUUAGCUAGUUAAUAAUACACCAUUUGAUUUGAGAUUUUGAAGUUAUUCAUAACAACUUGAUUGUAAAAUCCUAGAGCAAAAGGUAGAGUUACUCAGUUUGGAAUGAUUGGAUUCCACGAUGUCACAAUGUAGACCCAUAGUUGUAGUUCAGCUUAUUAUCAUUUUUCAAGAUGUUUAAUCUCGUAAUAAAGUCGAAAUUC